CAGUUUGCGGAUGACAUGCAGGAGUUCAGCAAGUUCCCAACCAAGACUGGCCGCAGGUCCUUGUCUCGCUCCAUCUCGCAAUCUUCCACUGACAGCUACAGCUCUGGUAAGUGUGGGCCUAGCCCCGCUCUGGUUUCCCUGCUACAGUCCCUCCCAUCUGGAAUUGGAAGCACUCAGCGGGGCGGGGGGUGGGCCUCUGAGAUUCUCAUGUUGUGUUUCUUUCCUGGUUUAGCUGCAUCCUACACAGACAGUUCUGAUGAUGAGGUCUCCCCACGAGAGAAACAGCAAACCAACUCCAAGGGCAGCAGCAACUUCUGUGUGAAGAACAUCAAGCAGGCAGAGUUUGGGCGCCGGGAGAUUGAGAUAGCUGAACAAGACAUGUCUGCUCUGAUUUCACUCAGGAAACGGGCCCAGGGAGAGAAACCUUUGGCUGGAGCUAAAAUAGUGGGCUGUACACACAUUACAGCACAGACUGCGGUGUUAAUUGAGACGCUGUGUGCGCUGGGGGCUCAGUGCCGCUGGUCUGCUUGCAACAUCUAUUCCACUCAGAACGAGGUGGCUGCUGCCUUAGCUGAGGCUGGUGUUGCUGUGUUUGCCUGGAAGGGGGAGUCGGAGGAUGAUUUCUGGUGGUGUAUUGACCGUUGUGUUAACAUGGAUGGUUGGCAGGCCAACAUGAUCCUGGAUGAUGGUGGAGAUCUGACCCACUGGGUUUAUAAGAAAUAUCCCAAUGUUUUUAAGAAGAUCCGUGGCAUCGUAGAGGAAAGCGUGACUGGUGUGCACAGGCUGUACCAGCUGUCCAAGGCUGGGAAACUGUGUGUCCCAGCCAUGAAUGUCAACGACUCUGUCACCAAACAGAAAUUCGAUAACCUGUACUGUUGCAGAGAGUCCAUCUUGGACGGCCUAAAAAGGACCACAGACGUGAUGUUCGGAGGGAAGCAAGUGGUGGUGUGUGGCUAUGGUGAGGUUGGGAAGGGAUGUUGCGCAGCUCUGAAAGCCCUCGGAGCCAUAGUCAACAUCACAGAGAUUGACCCCAUCUGUGCUCUCCAAGCCUGCAUGGACGGCUUCCGGGUGGUGAAACUCAAUGAAGUGAUCCGCCAGGUGGAUGUGGUCAUAACCUGCACAGGAAAUAAGAAUGUGGUGACCAGGGAACACUUGGACCGAAUGAAGAACAGCUGCAUUGUGUGUAACAUGGGCCAUUCCAACACUGAAAUUGAUGUGACCAGUCUCCGUACCCCGGAGCUGACCUGGGAGCGCGUCCGCUCACAGGUGGACCAUGUUAUCUGGCCGGAUGGCAAGCGGGUGGUCCUGCUGGCUGAGGGUCGUCUUCUCAAUCUGAGCUGUUCAACAGUUCCCACCUUUGUUCUGUCUAUCACAGCCACCACUCAGGCUCUAGCUCUGAUUGAGCUCUACAAUGCUCCCGAGGGACGUUACAAGCAAGACGUGUACCUGCUCCCUAAAAAGAUGGAUGAAUACGUUGCCAGCUUGCACCUGCCUUCAUUUGAUGCCCAUCUGACAGAACUAACAGAUGAUCAAGCGAAAUACCUGGGACUCAACAAAAACGGGCCUUUCAAACCCAACUAUUACAGGUAA